GUUGUCUGCCUCCUAAAUCGGAACAAAAACUUUUUUAAUGUCAAAUACAGAUGUUCAUGUUCUGGCCACGUACCCCUUACCAUGGCAACAUGCAUCCAGCCCCAGACAACACCAUCUUGCGAAAUAUGCAAAUUAAUUUUAAAUGGCGACAUCCUGGAAGCCAAGAGUACACUUUCAUCUUUGGAUAAAUAUGAAGAUGUUGAUGGUUUAUCUGUUUUCCUUCUCGCUAAAUUUUAUCUGAACUUCCUAAAGGAGUUUUCCCACUCAGAAGGCUUGGGGCUCUCUGCUGCAUGGACAAAUGAACAAGUAAGGAAAGGUGAAAAGAGAGGGGAGGUGUUUUCCUUGAUGAAAGAGUUGCUCCGUCAUGGAGUUUCUUCAAAUACACACCACUAUGGAGAGACACCCUUUCUGUGUGCAGUUAGCACACACGACACUGACUUUAUCCGAAUUAUAUUAGAACAUGGUGCUGAUGUAAAUUUGAAAACUCUUGAAACGAAAAUGAAUGCCAUAGCAUUAACAAUUAUUUUGAAUGAUGCGAAUAUACUGAAACUCUUGUUUUCUUUUGGUGCUAAAGUAAAUGGCCCAUGUUGCCAAGAUUUGACUCCUUUACAGCUCUCAUUGAACAAGUCAAUAGAUGUUUCAAAAGUGCUCUUACAAAAUGGUGCCGAUGUCCAACAAGUUAUGCAGAUGCAGGGACGAGAAGUGCUCCUCACGACUCCUCCUUUGAUUCAUGCAGUUGAAACAGACAACCUCUUCUUAGCAUCUAUUCUUCUCGAACAUGGUGAAGAUGUAAACCAAGGUUAUGGAGCCUGCUCGCAUUCUCCUAUUCAUUUUGCAAUCAUUAGGAGCAACAGCGAUAUGGUAAAAUUGUUAAUUCAGUAUGGGGCUAAUCUGAAUAAGCGUAACGGCAGAGGAACGACACCAUUGGCUCUGGUGCUUAGCCAUUGCAAGGGCCCAAUGAUCACUACCUUGACUGAGGCUCUUAUGUCAGCUGGCUGCAGUCGCACAAAAGGCAGUCCCAUAGCUGUGUUUAGAAAACACUAUCCACCCUUACAUAUUGCUGCCUUCUUUGGGUCUGAUUAUCAUCUGGAGUUUAUCAAAAGGCUAAUUGAGAUGUCAGAUAUUGUUGAAAUGGAUAGAAUGAACACUCUGGCAGACAACCUUCAAAGUUGUUCAUUAAGUUAUGAAACAGACCCCAUUGUUGGACCAUCUAGACAAAACUUAAGAAGAAGUUUAAGUUGCUCUGAGCGGACUUCAAACUUGACCAUAAAAGAGCAACAGGCAUUCAUUAAUACCCAAGCAAUUGAUGGCUCAACUGCAUUGCAUAUGGCAGUUCUUGGAAACAACUUGGCUGGCGCACAAUUUCUGAUCAGCCAAGGGGCGGACCCAUAUAUUUCUUGCCAAAAUGGAAGCCUUCUCCAUGCUGCUGUAAUGGCCACCCAAAUGGGUGAAGAGUUACUAAAAUUUGUUUUAAAAUUCAACUUUGAUCUUAACAAGAAAAAUGAUGACGGGAAUACAAGCUUGAUUCUUGCUUCCCGCAAGGUCACUGCUGGUGUAUGUCGCUUGUUAAUUGAAAACGGGGCCUUGCUCAAUGUUCAGGAUGGAAGGUAUGGCGAGACCGCCCUCUCGACCAGUGUGUAUUUUGGAUUUGAAGACAAUGCUGAACUGCUGAUAAGCCAUGGGGCAAGUGCAGACUUACCAGACCACAGGGACACAAAUGCGAUGUACUGGGCAAUAUUCAACUGCCGGGAGAGAGCGUUGAGGUUACUCUUACAAGCUGGUGCAAGGUUAACAAGAGCGGAACUUUCCACAUAUCCCAAGAACAUCAAGGUGAUGCGCAAUCCCGAACUGAAGGCCUUGCUCUAUGACUACGUCAGCCAACCCCAUAGUCUACAACACCUCUGUCGCUAUGGGAUACGAGGGCACCUAGCUCAAACACAUGGUGGUCGGACCAUAAUUCCUGCUGUGAUGUCACUUCCUCUACCUCCUCCAUUGAAGAGCUUCCUGGCUUUAAACACUACCUCAUGAGAAAGAUUUGCAGAAACAUUUUAUUUUGUUGUUGAAAUGCUACAGGGUUGUCAAGACCAUUUGGCCAUUGUUCAGGUGAAAUGAGUUGAUUUACAAUUAGUGAAAUAGCACGCAUCGAGGAUAAAACUUAAUGCAGAUUUAGUGAAAAUAUCGUCAAUUUUUGGUUAGGUAACAAGAGAUAUAAGGUGAUAUGAAUCUUGUUCUACAUUUAAUUGAUCAUAUAGAGUUUUUAUGGCUGGUUAUAUGGAUAUUUAGUAUAUCAUCUUUAAUAUAACUCAAGUCAGCAGCUUUUUUAGUAGUCAGGCUGAACAUUUUAGACAAGUAAAAGUUAGCAAUAUAUGUCCUAUUGAAAUAUGUAAAUAUAAAAUAUUUUUCAGCCAUGAGCCAAAAUGAAAAUUUCACAGGUGAUAUAAAUUUCUAUCCAACACUACAAUUCAGCUUAAUUUUUGUUGAUAAUGUGCUAAAAUUUUAGAAAAAUGUUAAUUUUAUUGGAAAUUUGUAAGAGAAACAAAAUGUUGUGACCUCAUUUGGGAGAUGUUAUUUUAACAAAUUAAGACCCUGCUAAGUGAACCUGGCAUUGGUACUAUUAUAAACCAACAUGGGAACAAUUACGAUAAGGGCAGUGAAAUGCAGUUACUUUAAUGAAAAAAAAGAUAUUUCAUUGAGAAACAUUAUUUAUUUUAUUAUUAACUUACACUUCUAUUUCAUUUUUUAUCUUAGUAAUAUAAUUGAAUUCACUACAUUUGAAAUUGAGUUAGUUACUGUUAUCACAUAUAUCAGGCCGUGCAAGAUUGAUUUAAUGUUUGACGUCUUCUGGAUUUGGGUCGACGAAACCAAAUAAAAAGCAUUCAAAAGUCAAGAUAUGCUAGAGAAAGCUAUUUUAAUUAAGAUUAUGUUAAAAUGGAUAGAUCCAGAAGUAGAAUAUACGUCAUUAUAUACAUUUAACAUUAUUCGACUUAAGCAAUUUAUGCCCCAGUUACAUGUAGUAUAUUGUUUUGUCUCUUUGCCAAGAGAAGUUUGCACUUUAUAGGAAUCAUGCGGGUUACCACUCCUCUGUCCGUCCAUCCCACUUUCCUGUCCCAUCCAUAAAUUAGUAAAACGUGGAUUGAUUUGAAAGCAAAAUGCGUUUUGUGACCACCAUUAGAUGACGAUGUGUGGCGCGUAGACCUGGGUUCAUAGCUAUAAUAUCUUGACCAUUGCACUCCUUAAAACUUUGUAAGUUACAGUUGUUCAUGUUCGGUCCAUAACUUUGUCAUACUGGGUGGGAUUUCGAAAUAACUUUGCAUUAGUGCACACCAUGAGAUGACAUGUCACGCGCCACACCCAGGUCCACAGCUUUGAUAUCAAGGUCACUGUGUGGCCUCGAACAUUGAGAGUUUUGCUAUAUAAGCCUUACUGAUAAUGUUGAUUCAUGUCCAUACCUGCCAUGCAUGGUUAAAUUCUGAAAUAAUGACCACAAUAAGGAGACGACAUCCGCAUUCUUAAAUUUCAAGGUCAAGGUCACUCACAUGGCUGGGUCAAUGUAUUUGCGCAUGUUUGUGCGUGUUUGAGUUAUGUGUUAGGCUAUAUUUAACAUUAAAAGUUGAUCUUGCGGCAAAUAAAAAUUGAUUUUCUUCGUAUUAUCUUUAAACAUAUAUAACGGUAUGAUGUUUAUUGGCUCGACUAUUGGAAGAGUAAGGAGAGCUAUCUUAGUCACCUGAGCUUCGGCGUAACCACUUAUGUUAAAGUUUGCGUACCACCUCAAAUAUUUUCAAAGUCCACUGACAUAUGGCUUUCACCAUCAUGCCCCCAACCUGUACACAGGAGGAGGUAACUGUAUCAGGCAUUUUGACAAAAUUAUGCCCCUUUUUCGACUAAGAAUUUACGUUAAAGUUUGCAUACCACCUUAAAUAUUUUCAAAGUCCAUUGACAUAUGGCUUUGAAACUUUGCUCGCUUGUUCACCAUCAUGCCCCCAACCUGUACACAGGAGGAGGUAACUCUAUCAAGCAUUUUGACAAAAUUAUGCCCCUUUUUCUACUUAGAAUUUACGUUAAAGUUUGCGUACCACCUCAAAUAUUUUCAAAGUCCAUUGACAUCUGGCUUUGAAAAUUUGCACGCUUGAUCACCAUCAUGCCCCCAACCUGUACACAGGAAGAGGUCACUGUAUCAAGCAUUUUGACAGAAUUAUGCCCCUUUUUCGACUUAGAAUUUACAUUAAAGUUUGCGUACCACCAAUUUAUGUAAAUAGCUCAGCACAUCAUGUAUUGCAUUUGAAAUCUAAUCUAAGUGAUCCAUGCAUGUUUCGCCAAAACUUUUCAAUCUAUACACUGAAAAGCGGCGGAAUAGUCGAGCGCGCUGUCUCUGUGACAGCUCUUGUUUUAAUAUUUGCCAAACAAAGUCAAACAAAAACAUCCUUUGUCAAUGUGGAGUGUUGGUGCAGUCAUCAUUUCUGUGAUAUCUUUAGUUAUUCCAACGUUUUUAAAAUGGAAUUGGAUACUAAAAAAUGGAAUCAUGGUGUGCCUUAAUUUCCCAUGUAUUAAAAUCAUGGACCUUAAAGUGACUCGCUCAUGGUUUGUAAAAUGCACUCUUUUUUAAUUACAAAAUAAAGUUUGGCAAAUCAUAAGCAGUGUUAAAAAUACCAAGAGCUGGAACCCUUCAGGAAAUGUUGAUAUUUGCUUAAAUAUCAUCUUUGAAGACCACAAUAACGUUUUGAAAAUUAAUUACGGCUGUGGUGUUGCAUGAUUUGUUGAUUGACAUUGUCACACGAUAUCUUAAACAGGUCAACAUAUCCACCACUUCUGUUAAAGUCCCGGUGGUGGUGUGGACUAGCAGGCUUUUUUAUUUUCUUUUUUUUACUUGACCGGUGUAGGUCUGAACCCCACUAAAACCAGAACACUUUUUUAUGCUAUAAAUGUAUUUUGUUCUGCAAUUUCUAUAUCAUAGAGAAAAAUAAUGUUAAAAUAAACACAGAUGCAUUACCAGGAAAACUAUUUUUUCUUCCAAAAACAUGAGCAAGUCACUUUAAUAUGAAUUCCUAUUUUUAAAGAUUUGAAUACAAAUACUAGUAAGUAUGCUUUGUACCACAUUUCAAGUAAUUUUAAGAAAUUGUUGUAUAUUUGUGUAAUGAUAUGUAUAUACAUGCAUAUUUAUAUAUUGUAUUUUGUGAAAACAUUCCUUUGGUGGAUAAAUAAUGUCAUACACUGCAUCAGUAUGGAAACUAAUAUGAUUAAAAUGCGAUCUAAGGAGUGACAGUGGUCUAGUAGUAAAGAUGUCCACCUACCAACAAAAAGAUUGUGUGAUAAAUCCCCACCAGGAUAACUUUCCCACGGCCCCUGAAAAUGGCCACCAGUACUAGUUUCUAUCCAGGAAACGUACUUCAGCCAUCAGUGUUGUCACCAUCUUGCUGUAAGAAAUAAGUUGAAACUUAACUGUGAUUGAAGGUUUCACUGCAUGUUUCAGAGAGCUUCUUUAAUACAUGUACAUGGAUCAAAUUUCUGUGAUAUAAGAUUAUUACGUUGAGCUUGUCAUUGUUCAUGUUACAUGCUACUAGGUUUUCACAUAUUAAUGUAGAUACCAGGGAAACGCUGCAGGACACACUCGAUUGGGGAACUAGGCAUUUCGUACCCUGACCAUUUCGUACCCUCCGAUUUUUUUGGUUAUUUCGUACCCUUUAGAUAGUCAUUUCGUACCUGACCUAUUCGUAUCGUAUUUGUUACUUUGGUUUAUCAGAUUCUUUUUUUCAUAUAUAUGUUAAUUAGUUGAGUCUUUAUCCACUCCAUUAUUGUUUUUCAUAUGAAAAACAACUUACAAUAUAAAUUAAAUAUAGGGUACGAAAUGACUACAGGUUGGUUACGACAUGACUAUAAACCUUGAUUGCAGCACAGAUGUACUAUACAUACAGGAGCAGGGACAU